GGAAGUUCAAUCAGGGAAGCAUUUGAAACAGGGUCACAAUAAAAGUAAACAAACAAACAAAUAAAAACCGAACCCCGCUUAAAAUUUUCCUACUAUCAAAUAAUCCAGCCAUCCGCCAUGGCAGAUAUGGAGGUUCCUCAACAUGUUGCAAUAGUUGGCGGUGGUCUCUCGGGCCUAAGCCUUGCGCUCGCGUUACAUAGAGUUCAUAUACCGUGCACCGUGUAUGAAGGGCGGGAUGAAUCCUACGAAGCCGGGGGUGGGAUAACCCUUUCGCCAAACGCGCUCCGAAUCCUCGAUAAACUAGAUGUGUUCGCGCGUGUCCGCGACAAGGGUUUCCAUUUUGACACCCUAGCUUUCAGCGAUGGUGAUGGAGUGAUCAAAGAUCUCUACUAUUUUGGUUCCGAGAAGCUGUACGGCUACAGAGGUUUCCGUAUUAUGCGUCAGCUGCUCAUUAAUGAAAUGAAGCUGAUGCUUCGGGAAAACGGGACACAAAUACAUUUCAACAAGCAAUUCUCGAAAGUCAUCCGUGAUUCACAAGAUGAAGUCGUGAUUGAGUUUGCCGACGGAUCGGUCAAAACUUCCGCUAUAGUGAUUGGUGCUGAUGGUAUCCAUUCAACUGUUCGCAACCAUAUUGUUCCAGACGUGAAACCGGUUUAUUCUGGUAUGAUGGCUAUUAGUAGUGUCUGUCCCCGGUCCAGCCUUCGCAUUCCUGAGAACUUCCAUCUCCCUGCGCAAAUUUUGUCCAAAGUUGGCGCGUUUUUGAUGGUCCCCCAAGAGAUUGACGGCUCUCAGCUCCUAAUUGGUUCACAGCGGCGUUUUCCCGAGAAGGAUAAGGAUGGCUGGGAUGCUCUGGCAGCCGACAGGCAAGGACUAUUGGACAUGCUGCGAGAGAAUCAGGGCGAGUGGCCCGACAUUGUCCAAUCUGCACUCGAAAAUGCACCUGUUGAGAACAUGGGUAUUUGGCCAUUCUACGGGAUCCCGAAGUUUAGCAAGUGGGCCAGCUCCACUGAUAGGGUUAUUGUAUUGGGUGAUGCUGCACAUGCAAUCCCGCCCACAGCCGGUCAGGGUGUCAAUCAAGCGUUCGAAGAUGUAAACAUGCUAGCUUUACUGCUCUCAAAUCUAUCCCAAAAGACCCCCCUUGGGGAGGCUUUAAAAUAUUGGCAGCAAUACCGCCAGCGCCGGAUCGAUAAAAUCCUGGAUCUUACCCAGAAGAUGAAUGCCAAGCGUCUGCCCCCCGCAGAACAAGCCAAGCUUCCACCAGGUUCAGUCUGGGCUGACGAUUCAGCAACCACGGGAGAAGGCGGCCAAUUAAGGUGGCUGUAUGAACCAGACCUCGAUGAGGACGUUGCAAAGUGGCUUGCUAAUCGUGGUUCAUGAAAAGAGAGCCUGUUUCUUGUUGUAUUUUGUUUUGUAUACGUUUUUUCAUUUGCCGCGACUAUUAUAUGUCAACGUGCCAGGAGAGCCGGAAUCAUGAAAUUGGAGGGAGCCAGAGAGAUAUUAGAGAGCACGAUGCACAUUAAAAUGAACGCUGCCCACAUGAACAGCUGUAUUCGGCAGCCCAGCAGUUACAAUUGGCCAACCAGUCCACCAAUCAAUCAGAACUACUAUGCUACUUGACAGCUCGUUUCAGCAUCCUGCGUAGUCGCGGGAUGAUGCAGGAGCUAGCGAUGCGGGCAAAAUGAGUUCCACAUGAAAUCCGAGCAAAUGAGAAGAGCCUUGGGCCACGCCCAAUGAGCUUGCGUCUGGAACCCUGGUCCAGGAUUUUCCCAUGGCACCCAGCAUGGCGAUGUAGAAAUAGCCACUAUUGUUUCUGGGCACAUCCGAUCACACUCAGCUAAAAUACAUUCGCUAACAUAUCUUCCUUGAAUACGUCUGUGUGGUAGAAGGAAAAUGGAGAGAGUAGAGCACUGCAUAUAAUUUAUACUUCGAAUAUCAGUACCCUGGAUCC